AUGCUAGGCGCUGGCACCUUUGGGCAAGUUGCCAAAUGCCGCAAUAUAGAAAGCGGACGUCUUUAUGGUGUCAAAGUGAUUAAGAGCAAGGCUGCAUACUAUACCCAAGCUUUAGUCGAGGUGGGCAUUCUCAAAUAUCUGAAUAGGGAAUGUGACCCUAAUGACGAGCGUCAUAUUGUACGGCUGAAGCAUACGUUUGUGCACAAGCAUCACCUUUGCUUAGUAUUCGAGUUGCUUUCCAUCAACCUAUACGAGUUGCUCAAACACAAUCGAUUUCGGGGAUUACCAACAGCCAUCAUUCGUACCUUUUGUGAGCAAUUACUAGAGGGGCUUGCUACUUUACGAGAAGCAGGGAUCAUCCAUUGUGAUCUCAAGCCAGAGAACAUUCUUUUAAAGAGCUUGAAGAGACCCCAGAUCAAAAUUGCCGAUUUUGGAUCAGCAUGUCGUACCAACGAGCGCCUUCACACGUACAUUCAAUCUCGAUUUUAUCGUUCACCCGAAGUACUCAUUGGGAUGAGGUACUCUACACCCAUUGACAUGUGGUCACUUGGAUGUAUUCUUGCAGAACUUUUCCUUGGCGUGCCCCUUUUUCCUGGUACCUCGGAAUACAACCAAUUGGCACUUAUCACCCAUGUUCUUGGGUUACCACCAUCAAGCAUGUUGCAACAAGGAAGGCACACUAGACACUUUUUCAAUCGUAAAAUGAUGGACGGCGGCAAUAUCCAAUACGAGCUCAAAAGUAGAAAACAAUACAUGGAUGAAACGCAGCAGGUGGAAAAGCCAAACAAAAAGAUUUAUUCGACCAACGACUUGAUGGAUCUCAUCCUCACGAAUCCCAUGCCACGUAAACAAAUGAACCCUUCUGAAAAGAAUCAAGAGACACGAGUGAGAUUAUUGAUGGCUGACUUUCUAACGCAAGUGCUUCAAUUGGACCCAAGUCGACGCCUCACGCCACACGAAGGGAAAUUGCAUGGCUUUAUCAUGUCAGCUCAUAGUCUAUCUCGUAGUGUACAUGAUCGAUCGCAUUUUGGUGGAGCUAUGGCAGCACAGAGUACUAUUGUGGGAUGUGGCGAUCUGGAGACUUGUGUGGGUUCCCCUGAUAGUAGAGGAGGAGGUGGUGGAGGAGUGAGUCCCAGAGACUCCUCAGCUGAUUUGUUACCAGUUGCACCACAAACGAAUGACAGUGACUUAUUACCUUCAUACAUGAAGAAAGAGGAGGCCUAUUUUUGUGGGAUGCCGAGUGUAGCCCGUCGAUUUACUCGGUAG